AAGUCAAAAGACAACACCUCCGGAAUCGCACCCACCAAGCCCCCGCACGCACAAACGAAGAAAAGUCGGGUGUGUUACAGCCAUCUAUACGAAUUGUCUCUCGCCCUAAAUUCAUAUAUAUAUUUAUAGAGUAUCUUACGAUAGAGACGAUCAGUCGAAUCCUUACUUCCUUCUUCACAGGCUGAAAAGGGUUUCGAUACUCUGCUAUUGAAUCGUCGAACCAUGACUUACGCAUCUCAAAUCUUCAGUCAGUCGAAAAAGUUCAGAAAUGUUCCCGGCUUAUUACGGCAUGACCAUGCCAUUUUGGUCCGUUGGUUUUCGAAUGGUGCUCGCCCCUCUAUUGAUAUAAGAGAUGAUAUUUUCCAGUUCCGUCGACAUGUUUGUAUGCCUGGAGAGGGAUAUGGAGUUUGUAAGUCUUACACUAGAUACACUCACAGUUGUACAACAGUAAAUCCUGCCAUUUUCAAGAUCUCAUCAGUAGGAGUACACAAUGGGAAUGUUGUAAGGACAGCAUGUACAAUGGAAACUCCAAUGGUUGGCUUGGAGUUCAAUAGAGGGUUCACAUGUUCACAGGUGCAUUCAAGGAGAGGUUAUUCAACAGAGUCAGGUCUUCCUCCACACCAGGAAAUUGGUAUGCCAUCUCUUUCACCAACAAUGACAGAGGGUAACAUUGCAAGGUGGUUGAAGAAAGAGGGUGAUAAAGUUUCUCCUGGUGAAGUACUUUGUGAAGUUGAAACAGAUAAAGCAACAGUUGAGAUGGAAUGCAUGGAGGAAGGAUAUCUUGCUAAGAUAUUACAUGGAGACGGGGUGAAAGAAAUUAAAGUUGGCGAGGUGAUUGCCAUAACUGUUGAAGAUGAAGAGGAUAUAGGGAAAUUUAAAGAUUACAAACCUUCUACAUCAGUUGAUACUGCUGCAGCUAAAGGGCCUUCUGAUUCUGGCCCACCCAAAGAAGAGGUAGUUGAGGAACCUGUCAGUUCACCAGAGCCCAAAAUUACCAGGGACAGUGCAAUUUCUCCAGCAGAAGAUCGUAUUUUUGCUAGUCCCCUUGCAAGAAAAUUGGCUGAAGAUCACAAUGUACCUCUUUUGAGCAUCAAAGGAACAGGUCCUGAUGGACGCAUUGUGAAGGCUGAUAUUGAAGAUUACUUGGCUUCUCCACGAAAGGAAAUCUCAACAGCAGCACCCAAGGUUAGUGGAGCGAGGGCUGAGCCAUUAGAUUACACAGACAUCCCUCAUUCUCAGAUAAGGAAGGUGACAGCUUCACGGUUGUUAUUAUCAAAGCAAACUAUUCCACACUAUUAUUUGAGUGUAGAUACUCGUGUUGACAAACUUUUUGAUUUGAGGAGCCAACUCAAUUCAUUACAAGAGGCUUCAGGUGGAAAGAAGAUAUCUGUUAAUGACCUUGUAAUUAAGGCUGCUGCUUUGGCUCUUCGAAAAGUUCCUCAAUGCAAUAGUUCGUGGACCAAUGACUAUAUCCGCCAGUAUAACAAUGUGAAUAUCAAUGUCGCGGUGCAGACAGAUAAUGGACUGUUUGUCCCCGUCAUCAGGGAUGCUGACAAGAAAGGGUUGUCCAAAAUCUCUGAGGAGGUCAAGCAUUUGGCGCAGAGAGCCAGGGAUAACAGCUUAAAGCCAGAAGAUUAUGAGGGUGGCACAUUUACCGUGUCAAACUUGGGAGGGCCCUUUGGUAUCAAGCAGUUUUGCGCCAUCAUUAAUCCUCCUCAGUCGGGCAUUCUAGCAGUUGGGUCUGCUGAGAAGAGGGUCAUUCCUGGUUCCGGCUCUGAGGAAUUCAAGUAUGGUUCCUUCAUGUCGGUAACAUUGAGCUGUGAUCACCGUGUUAUUGAUGGUGCAAUUGGUGCAGAAUGGCUGAAAGCAUUUAAAGGCUAUAUUGAGAACCCAGAGACGAUGUUGCUCUAAGUCGACUUUUUUGUUUUGGUUUUGCCUUUCAAAUAUUCUUUUUGCUCUCCGAGAUAAUAUCAAGGAGGCCUCCAAUGUGACCUGAACUGUUUGUUAAUGGGCUUUGAAAUGUAUUUGUAUCACUCAUCUUAGUGUACCUGAGAGUACAAUUAGAUGGCUUUGGAAUAAAAGUGACCUCGAGGCAUUGUAACAUGAACUGAAUUUUGCUCGUAUAGAGUGUAAAGACACUUACUAAGCAGGAGAGAUAUUUCAGUUGAACACAGAAUCCUAUCUAUAUGCAUUUCACAAUCAAUAGAUGAAGAGUUGUUUUGUCA